AUGUCUUUUUUGACCAAGAACAUUUGGCCCAAAGAUGGGAGGAAUCGCUCUCAUGUUCCGGCCAUGCCGGUUUGGAUCGCAGGCGUCAGGAUUCUCCAGCUCGUCCUCGCCAUUGCGACGCUGGGAAUAACAGUCUUUGGGCUCACCACUAUGCAGAAAGCCACGGGCUAUCGCAGGAUAACGUCCUUUAGCGGUACAGAGGGUUUCCCAUUUUCAUGGUUUGCUUUCGCCUGGACCUUCUCCUAUCUGACAUGGCUCGGCGUAGCCGUCAUGUUCAUUCCCGUCAUGUACAACUGCUGGGUGCAUCUCGGCCUUGAGCUACUCACCGUCGUCUUCUGGUUGAUCACUAUGGCCCUGCUUGCCAGUCACGCAGAUGAUCUCGACUCCCUCGAUGCCUUCAUCGUGACGUUCGGUCCCAAGUAUGAAGUGUACUAUAAGAUGAACGUCGAGCCGUUUGCGGAUGGCUUCGUCGCCGCAACGUUUGCCGGGACAGCUACUUCCGUUGUCAACUUUGUGCUCUUUAUCGUCACCAUCAGUGUCUUUGGCCGCGCUCUUCAUGCGCUACGUAAAGCGAACUUGGAAAAGGCACCCAGCACUACCGAUUCGCAAAAGACUAUUCAGGCCGAAGGGGACAAGAUGGUCGCCUCUCCGCAAAUGACUUCCGCCGUUCCGACGUACUUCCACUGGAACCACCAAUACCCGCCUCCUCAACACCCCCACGCAUACGCCUACUACGGUCAGCCGUACGCACAAUCACCACACUCGCAAACGAACCCGUCUCCGCCGAACUCUGUGCCGCCGCAUGGCUUCCAACCGGCGUACUUCCCCGGCAGCAAUUGGCCACCACAGCCUCCUCAACAACAGCCACCCCCCGAAGGCGGCGUCUGGCCGGCCCAGAACUACGGAAUGUACCAGCAGCAGGUGCCCAUCGGACCUCAGCACACGGGUCAGUCUGGCAGCAUGAUGGGCUCCCCCCAGUUCCCCAUGGUUCAACCCAUGCCGGCCAGCAAGGCGGAUCUACCAGGUGUUUACCCAACACCACCACCGGGCAGCGCAACUGUAGGACCCGGAUACCCGCCACAGCAACCACCACCCCCGCUAGCACCGGUGCCCGGCACCAUACACUCGCCGGUAGAGUUGAAUGAUGGACGAGGGGAUGAGAACAUGCCGGCAGAACUACCAAACAACCCUCCAAGGUCGCCCAGAUGA